UAUUACUAUUAUUUUAAUAAAGAUUAUUAUUGGCUAUCAACUUGCACCUUUGUAGCAUUGCUAAAAUACAUAUUUGCCAACUGGACGUACAUCCACCAAUCUGGUGAAAAUCUACAUCAAUUAGUUUUGUCAUGUUCAUAAUUUUUACGUAAAAUUGAUUAAGGGAAGAUAACAACAAAGAAGGAAAUAAAUACAUUUUCACUAAUACGCAUAACAUAUCACGGAUAGUUUUUUUUAUAGUUUAAAUCAGAUAGAGGGUUUUAAAAAAAAGACCUGCAAUGAAUCUUUGGAUAAUACUACUAUUUAUAUCACUUAUGGAUCUAGAUAUGGUAUCAACACAAGAGUGUUUACCGGGAUAUUAUGGAGAUCAAUGUAACAAAACCUGCCGCCAUCCAAACUAUGGUCAUGAUUGCCAGUUAAAAUGUACGUGUGAGGUAGACCAAUGUGAUCCCAUCACUGGAUGUAAUGGAAACAAUACAACGAUUGUUAUGCCUGUUGAAAACACGCCUCAUUUUAAACAAAAUAUAACAUCUGCCAAUAACUCUUUAGAGGAGGGUAAUAAUUUAACAGAUAUGCUGCUGAACUGUUCAUUUCAAAAAAGCAAAGCAAUGCUGAUCAGUUUGUGUAUUUUGGCAGCUACUUUCUUUGUCAACAUGAGCAUUUAUCUACAGAUAAACAAAAAAAACAAUCAUAAAAUAAAAUACAUUCGACAUUAUAGAGAACAAAACGUCAAUGCAAGAAAUGAAAAUUCGGUUCUUUGAAAUGAUUGAAUAUGUUUGAAUUAUCGUUUCGUAAAUAAAU